AUGCCUGCAAUCCGUGAACAUGAUAUCUACCUUAACGAUAUCGAAGAAGAUGAUGGGAUGCCUCCGCUCGUCGACAAUCCAAAUACAUCGAUGACAUUUACUUUUUUCACUGAUAUGACACCCAUUACUGCUUUCAGUGUUGAUCCGACCGCUCCCUGCGAGAAUGCAUGGGAUACCCCAGCGUCUGCAUCCCCCGUAGAGUUUGCAGACUCGCUUGACUGUCCCACAACUCAGACUACCGAUCGCGUAUCUCAUGGCAAGAAACGGGACGCUUCGUACAUCCCACGCCCGCCAAACGCUUUCAUCCUCUUCAGAUCGUCCUUCAUCCGGAGCCAACAAGUUCCGGAGAAGGUGGAGGGGAAUCAUAGCACUCUGUCCAAGAUUAUUGGCAAAUACUGGAAAACUCUUCCCCGUGAGGAAAGAGAAAUCUGGGAGGCCAAGGCGCUCGUCGCUCAGGCGGAGCAUAGAAAGCGCUACCCAGACUGGCGUUUCAGACCUGGGGCUAACGCGCUUGCGAAGCUCAAGGUCAAGGAUGGUCCCGGAAUAGCAAAUAGAAGACGAAGCACCCAGAGUACCAAGAAAGGCCGCGGAAAUGCCGAUUCGAAGAAGAAGAAUAAGAGUAAAGAUGAAAGGUGUUCGAUGAUUGCGGAUCUUCUGGUGGAAGGAAAGACGGGCGCUGAACUGGAAAGUGCGCUUAGAAAUUGGGAGAACGGAAUUAGUAGGGAAGUCGAGGGCGCUGUUGGCCGAGAAGGUGAACACGAUCAUGAAGGAGGUGAUGAAGGCAAUUGGGGCGAAGCUUUCCCGCCCACCAAUCACUUUCAGAUGGAGUCGGCCCAAUGUUCGCAAGGCUUCUACCAUCCCGGUCACACGACACAGGUAAACACCGAUGGCCGCGAUCAUCCUGCCACGAGUCAACCUCGCUGCAAGACUCCACAUGACGAUCGUUUUCAAGUGCCUCUUACUGCGAUGUUCAAGCGUUCUCUGUCCGCACCUGCGAGGCGCUUCGCCACUCCUUCUGAUGUCUCAGGCCACAGUCGCAACAACUCUCUAACCAGUAACUUCACUGAUGUCUUAUCCGACACUGCAAGCUCUCCUCCCAGCGUUUGCAGCCCUUCCGCUUUUCCAUUGGAACAAUAUGAAGACCCAUCAGUCGCCGUGUACGGUGAUUCUAUGGGUCACCUAUCGCCCCUUGUCCUGCCGUCAGGACUAGGAGAUAGUUCUCCUGCGCGUUGGAAUGACCCAUACAAUCUCCUCGGAGCUCAAUCCCCCAUAGGAUCAUUUUCAGACUGCCCUAGUUUGUCAUAUGGACACAGUCCUUCCGUGUCGCCAGUCGACAUGAGCUUUGGGAACUAUACAUACCCUUCGCCGACGCUGGCGGCACUUACCGCAACAAAGCCCGAUAAUAUCUCUGCUGGCCUCGACUACCCCAUCUCAUAUGAUACCCAGUGUUACUCCUCUUACUCUGCGCUCAAGGGGUGGGCUGAUGGUCAAUAUGCAUCUUUUGAUGCCUUUCCAGAAGGUCCCGUGCCUCAGGUCUUUGUUAACCAAUACGCCAGCACGCCAGCAAUCUAUGAAUGGUCCCCUCUUGACGAUACCAUACGUGCUGGUCAGGCUCCUCAGCUCCAUAACACAUUCGAAAGUAGCUCUUUCAAUUUCGGAUUCUGA